AUGGCGGAUUUGCUCAAAGGAGUUAAACUGCACAAGGGAGACGGUAGCACUGCGAAUGCUGAAGAUGCACUAAAGGGUAAAGUUGUGGCCUUGUAUUUCUCGGCUCAUUGGUGUCCGCCAUGCCGUCAGUUCACUCCCGUGCUGAAGGACUUUUACGGUGAAUUGGUGGACGAUGGAGAAUUCGAAAUUAUAUUUGUAUCUUUCGAUCGAACUGAAGCCGAUCUGAAAAAGUAUAUGGAAGAGUGUCAUGGAAAUUGGUACUACCUUCCAUUUGGCUCGUCUAAGAUUCAGGAGCUUGCUACAAAGUACUCCGUUAAUGGAAUUCCUGCUCUGAUCGUUAUCAGGAGUGAUGGUAAAGAAGUCACCAAAAAUGGUAGAAGUGAUGUCCAGGUUUCUCUCGGCAUUGAUCAAAAUCCCUUAAGGAUGUGUUACGAUCCGACUUCAUUAAACAUCGUUUGGAGGUGA